GGCGUGUUAAAAACUGCAGCUAGAUACCCCCACUGCUUCUUGGUUCAGAACUCUACCUUUAGCUACCGCUCGUUGACGUUGGUAGACACAAACAACUGCUCCGGCUGUUCAAUCGUGCAGUCGACUCGCUGACAGGAAGGAAAACGCGUAUGAGAAUGCUGGACAUGGUAGAACGUCUCUCAAUGUGCGAACACUAUUCCAUGACUCACGUCAUCCAGAAGUACCCUUUAUUAGGCACAAAACAGUAGAUCUGGCAUUGUCCCUUUGCAGCCUCCCUUUCCACCGCGACCCGCGGUCCACUGCCGCUCUCGAAUUUCGCACCCAACGGGCCACCCACCACUCGUUCCCGACCUUGUUCAGCCUGCCAACUGUGAGGGUCACCUGGCCACAGAGGCGACAUGCUCACUUCUACGCGUUUGUCGAAAUAGCGCUUCUGGCAUGCUGAAGCGGACAGAUUUCAUUAAGAACAUAAAAAACUCUUUUUUUACCUUCGAGGUAUCUGGGUGACAUCCGUGCCUUUGUCCAGUACCGCUUCCACGAAAUACUCCGGUCCCCAUGGGGUCGCACAUUUUUCGAGCCGUGUAUUUGACCCUGCUUAUUGGCAGCGUCUUGCACUGCGGUGGGUCUGAACAAAGCGAAACGCCAAAGACCGAGGCGGAUUUCACAACGACUAUCCCCAAAACGGGACUCGAAAAGGACCUACAGCAAGUCUUUACUCUUGGCCCAUCGAAUACGCUCCAGGUCAUUGACGAAACCGGGGACGCUGACUAUUUGCCAAAAGAGGGCGAGAAUUUAAGGGAGGCUCUGGCCAGCCCAUACAGUGUCGCGUAUCGAUUUGUUAAUGGAGCUUGCGAUUUCAAUGAGACAGUGAAAUUCAAGAAUGCAUUUCCUGGCUACGAGGAGCCAGUAUGGGUUCGUGAAGGGCCUAGUUCGGGGGAAGGGGUGAAUUCACCAUCUGGAAAGGCUGUGAGGUACACAUUUACAAACCCACCAGCGGAGUAUUUGGGCGGGGGUUUGAGUUUCUGUGUACAGUUCAAGACAUUUCUCGCUUCCGGAUCUCAAACGAGCACGUCGACUGCUGCGACAUCAGGAUCAUCUGCCUCUGCUGGUGGGACGAAGCCAGACUUCAGUACUCAACCAAAUGAACAGGAAAGCCAGUCGCAUGCUCCAGCUCCAGAGGAUUCGCCCGGUUCUCCAGGUCAGUCGGAGCCCAGUGAGAAGCCUGAAUCACAGCAAGGUGAGACAGGUGAGGGAGAAGACGAGGACGACGGUGAUGACCGUCCGCAAGGCGACGAGUCGAGUCCGGAGGCCCGUCCAGAGAUUCCCAGUGUUGGAAAUCCCUCGUUACCCCAGCCUCCGGCUGGUUCACCUCAGGUUGACCAGAGCCAGGGCAGCAGCAACCCUGAUGGAGGUCCACAGCAUCCCGCCGAGCCGGAGUCUCCGGGAGGUGAAGCGGCUUCUGGCAAUGAUGUCACAACAGAACAAGAAGGCUCUCCCACGAGGCGUCUCAGUGACGCUCAACCAGCGAAUGCCUCAUUCUUGACUAUUAUUGUGCACUCAGCGACGUGGAGCCUGGCAGGUGGCAUGAGCGCAUUGUCAGUUUUUCUUCUUGCAGCUGCAGGAACACUGCCGUCGAUUUGUUAACCGCUUUUGAACGUUAGCAAGCGCGGCAGGAAGCGAAGGGACAGGAAAAUAGGGAGGAUGAAUCGGCUUUGUCUAUCGUCAAGAAGCGGAUGCCGAACACUAGUCAUAGCCAACAUUGAUUUCCGAAUCCUGUCAGUGUCCUGGUUGUCUUGCGUCAUGGUAUCUUCAUGCUUCAUUAUAGUGACACUUUGCAGAGAAGACAUAUUGUGUCCAACCGGGUAUUCCCUAGGAGCCGCUCUCCAUGGAUUUUGUUUUUUUGCCUUAAGGUCAUGGAGUUGUAGGCAUGGCCGGACAGACAGCGUUGCUCUCAUACUACACAAAUGUUUGUGGAACCACGCGGCAGCGGCUCUCCAGAUGAGCAGUUACUACACACACCCAUGAAAGAGAGUAAUGGAAUCAUUUCGUUACUGUCCACCACGGAGACGAUCAGAGCGUUAGGAGUGACAAUGAUGCUCGUGAGAGAGUCUCUGCAGUUAUUUCUGUCGACAUUCGGACGCAGCCCUCGAUGGAUUCGAACCUGUAAUGUGGGGAAAUGAAGCUUGCUCAUCGGACGUCGAAUUUCGCUGGUGCGGUUAUCGUGGGAUGGCAUGUCAACGUCUUCUGUACUCGUUAGCGAAGAAAUGAAAGAAAAAGAGUUUGUCGAACGAGGAUUUGUCAAUGUUUUCUGGGUGUCCCUAUGAGGCGCUCCACGUGGCCUGCGCCCAGGGGGUGGAUGCUUGACAUCAGAGCUAACCUUGCUAUGAUGCUACCCAACCAUGCAUCUGAUACAUAAGUGGUG